UGCCCCUGGUUUAUCUAAACUGGGCUAAGCCGGGUGCCGGAGAGCGGGUUGCGGCGGAUAUGGAGUGGGUCGGGAGCUGCUGGCUGCCCGCCUCAGGACUCCUGCUCAUGCUGCUGUUGCUGCAGCCGGUGGAGCGGCUGUCGCCGCUGGUGCUCCUGCUCCUGUUGCCGCUGCCGUUCGCCCUGAUCUGGUUAUACCGCCUGCUCUUCGCUCCGCUGGAGCUCUUCCGGGAGCUGCACGAUGUCGGCUACACCCCCGACCCCGGCGUUAGUCUCCGCCACAAGGCCAAUGAAGUGCGGCGGAGGCGCAAGCGAGGGGAGCUACCCCCGGUCUACCCGAAUGGCUGGUACCGACUGCUGGGCUCCCGCCAGCUGUCGGUUGCCCAUGUGAAGAACGUCACCAUCUUCGGUGAGCAGGUGGCCGUUUACCGGGGCCAGGAUGGGACAGCCUACGUGGUCGACGCCUAUUGCCCCCACCUGGGCGCCAACCUGGCUGUGGGGGGCAGGGUGAUCGGCAACUGCAUCGAAUGUCCAUUCCAUGGCUGGCAGUUCCGCGGUGAGGACGGCAAGUGCACGGAGAUACCAUACGCAGAGAAAGUGCCGGACUUUGCCAAGAUUAAGACGUGGCCGUGCUGUGAACUGAACGGGGCGGUGUACGUGUGGUACCACUGUGACAGCCUGGACCCCAGCUGGAACAUCCCGGUACAGAACGAGAUCCAGUCCGGAGAGUGGGUGUUUCGUGGCUGCACGCAGCACUACAUCAACUGCCACGUCCAGGAGAUCCCCGAGAACGCAGCGGACGUGGCCCACCUCACACAUCUCCACAGCCCCGCUAUCCUGAGCGGGGCUGACCUCCGGAACACCCGGACCAGACUCUGGGGCUUUGUGUGGCACGAUUGGAAGGUCCAGUGGAGUCCCGAGGCAGAGCCUGACAGACACUGCUCGCGGAUGCUGGUGAACCAUACGCUGCACAUCCUGGGCUGGCACUGCCCCCUGCUGGACCUGCACGUUACUGCCAGACAGGUGGGGCCUGGGCUGGUCUACAUGCUGUUCAACCAUUCGUUCCUGGGCCGAGGGGUCAUCCUGCACUGCGUGACCCCUGUGGAGCCCCUGCUGCAACGGGUCAGCCAUUGUAUCUACUACCAGAGCAACAUCCCCGCCAUCAUCCCCAAGUUCCUACUCAAGGGCGAGUGUAUCCAGUUUGAACGGGACGUCAUGAUCUGGAAUAACAAGAAGUAUGUGUCGAAACCUCUGCUGGUGAAGGAGGACUCGGCCGUCGUCCGUCACCGCCGCUGGUACGCCCAGUUCUACACGGAGAACAGCCCCCGGUUCUCAGCCCAGAGGGACGGCCUGGACUGGUGAGGCAGGGACCAGUGGCUCUGCCGAGGCAGACUGGUGGAGAGAUCUCCUCGGAUGCAGCAACUCUCCCAUCUCCUGGUCUUCGGGCAAUCUCAGAUCUCCCCGCUCUCCUCGGGGGGAGUGAUUCCAUCUGCAUCUUUGUGAGAAGUUUUUAGGACUUGCAUUCAUCUGCACUGUAUACAGAGGCUUGAGUCACCUUUCCUAGCACGGGCUGGAGGAGGGGGACAGACUUGCUGCCUGGUGGGGCUGCUGAGACCCAGGGAAGGGUCACUGCCGGAGAGUGGAGCUGGGCAGGCUGAAGCCUCCAGGGGCGGCGGUGUGGCAGGGGCCGGAGAU